AUGGGCAAAAAACAACAUCAAAAGGAUAAAUUAUAUAUUACAUGUACAGAAUGGAGUACAUUAUACGGUGGCAAGCGUGCUGUAGAAAGUGGUAGACAAUUUAAACGUCUUCCAUUUCAUUGUUGUAGCAUUACAUUUCAACCAUUUCGGAAUCCAUACUGUACAAAAGAGGGAAUCAUCUUUGAUCUAGAGAAUAUUCUACCAUUUCUAAAAAAGCAUGGAAUUAAUCCAGUCACUGGAAAGAAAAUGAAAAUGAGUGAAUUGAUCAAACUGAAUUUCCAUCGAAAUUCUGAUGGCAAAUUUCAUUGUCCUGUCACCUUCAAGGUGUUCAAUGCCAAUACGCAUAUUGUCGCCAUUAAACCAACCGGAAACGUGUAUUGCUUCGAUGCUGUUCAACGAUUAAAUUUGAAAGCGAAUAAUCUUCUUGACUUGUUGACAUCAGAAGCAUUCACGAAAGAUGAUAUCAUUACAAUACAAGAUCCUACACAAUUGGAAAAAUUCAAUAUCUCAGCAUUUUAUCAUGUUAAAAAUAAAGAAGAGGCACAAAACGAUGGGAAUGUAGUGGUGAUACGUUCCUUGAAUCAGGAAACGAAAGAAACACUGGCUGAGCUGCCUAAAGAACUUUCUGUGCCAGAUUAUAUGUAUUCGGCUAAAAAGAAUUCAACAGCAGAUUCAGGAAAGAAACGUGACGCUUUCAAUACAGCUAGCUAUUCUACAGGUCGAGCAGCUGCCUCUCUUACUUCAACCGUUAUGGAACCAGUGACUAUAAUUGAACCAGCUAUCCUUGAAGAUGAUGUAGUUCGUUAUAAAUAUGUCAAAAAGAAAGGCUAUGUCAGUUUGGUUACAUCACAUGGAAAGUUGAAUCUUGAACUCCAUUGUGAUUUGGUGCCUAAAACCUGUGAAAAUUUUAUACGUCAUUGUAGUUCAGGCUAUUACAAUGACACUACAUUUCAUCGAUUGAUUCGAUAUUUUAUUGUUCAAGGGGGUGAUCCAAGUGGGACUGGAUUCGGUGGUGAAUCAAUAUGGGGUAAAGCAUUUCCAGAUGAAUUUGUGCCGAAUUUAAGCCAUGAUACACGUGGUGUCUUGUCUAUGGCCAACUCUGGACCGAAUACAAAUCAAUCACAGUUUUUCAUCACUUUUCGACAGUGUAAACACUUGGAUAGAAAACAUACCGUUUUUGGAAAAGUUGUCGGAGGACUAGAAAUUCUGGGAAAAAUUGAAAUGUUGGAAACAGAUAAAGACGACAGACCAUUGGAAGAUAUACAAAUUCUAAGUUGUGAAGUAUACGUCGAUCCAUUUAAAGAGAUUGAAGAAAUGCUGACCAAGGAACGGGCUAAUCAGAACAAAGAAAAGGAUAAUGCUAAUAAUAAUACUGAUAAUUCGGAGAAAAGUUUACAUCCUAAACCGGGAAAUCGUCGUGAAGAAGAAGCAUUAGAAGCAGCUGAACGCGCUAAGCGUCAUAAACAAGACGGUAAUGUCAAAGUGUUUCGAACAGGUAUUGGAAAAUUUAUUAAUGAUCUAGAACACUCUGACAUUAAGCCUGUAGCUAACAAACACGGAAAUCUUGGGGAUUCCAGUCUUAAUAUGAAUGAGGAAGUUUUGCGUAAAAAGCAAAAACUAGUGGUAAAAUCACAGUUAACAGAUUUCAGUGCAUGGUGA